GUUUUCUUGUGUAAGGCAUAGAUUGCGGCCGUGUUAUAGCUUCACAGUUGACGAUAUUGUAGCAGCUCUACAAAUAUUACAAGUGCAAGCAGUAAAGAAUUAACGUGAAGUUGUCCUCGUUAUUGUGUGUGUGAAAAACUACUUAGAUCUUGACCCAAAAUCUGGUCUUUUAGGACAUUUGUUCAAUUACCAACAUUAUAUAAAAAGGUUCAUUCACAACAAACAAUUGAAACGCGAAAAAACGUUUGUUUUCUUCAUCAGAAAUUUUACGCACGGACGAUAGUUUGUUUACAUUCGGUCACCUAAAGCCUGGUGCUAGCACGCCUACUUGGCUGCAACUUCCAGUUCAAAAUUUUCCAUAAUUCCGUGUAUAGUAUCGGAGAACAAACAUCAAUCAUCACAAUGAUGAUGCCACCCACUCAAGCCCCAGUAUCAUUGUCCCACUCACAGCUUCCGCCCACUCAUGUCAUGCUAAACCACCCGAUCUUGGGCACCAACCCCGCUCACUUGGCAGCCAUUAACAGCUUUAACAUGGGCCAUCAUCAGUUUAGCAAGAGUGGAAAAGACACAACCUGGACCAAACUUUUCGUAGGGGGACUGCCCUACGAAACAACCGACAAGGAACUAAGAGCUUUCUUCGAGGAGUUCGGCGAGAUCGAGGAAGCUGCCGUCAUAUAUGACCGCAACACUGAGAAGAGCAGAGGAUAUGGCUUCGUUACGAUGGCCGAUACGAAGGCGGCUGCGCGUGCAGUACAGAACCCUAACCCCGUCAUCCAGGGCCGCAAGUCUAACGUCAACUACGCCUUCAUCGGCGCAAAGCACAACCCCCAGCGCGCGGCCGGCGUCACCAGCGCCACGGCGGACGAACAGAGCUACUAUGUUAUGACCCCUGAAGCGUACGCGACGGCGGCCGCUACGAUGCAUCGCUACCAGACCUUCCUGCCUCCCCAGUACGGAGCAAAAGGCGCUCUUAGAACCAAGAUCAUGCGUGGACCAGCAGGUGCUGCAGCUCUAGCCCAUCGUCCUCUCGCCACAGCGCCCUACAGGACGAGUGCCACUGCAGGAGCCAUGCUGUACUCCUCGCCGUACAGCGCCGUCCUGCCCGCCGCCGCCAUGACAGUCCCAACCGCUGCUUCUGCGGGCCAAACUGUCAUUCCUGGAGGAUUUGCAGGAUACGGCGCUCCUACAGCGUACGACUAUGCAGGACUCACGGUGCAGAGCUCGGCCGUAUCGCCUGCGUCGCAGCUACCACCGCAGUACUUCUACCAGCAGAUGGUUGAUCCAAGCCAGUACAUGACCAUGACCAGCCUGCAAGCCGCAGGUAGCCCCCUGACCGGCGGCGGUGCUACGGCAGUCAUGCCAGGGAUGUACCAGAGUCUCGGACCUACGUCUGCUGUCUCUGUCAGCGCUGCUGUCACGUCUGCCACUGCCGCUCUGCCAGCACCCGCUCCGUCUGCCCUGCCAGCAGCGACUUACCCUGCCAUACAGGACCAGCGCUAAUAUGCCAGCAAUCCGCUCUGUCAUUGACAGGAUUGCGAAAGCUACCUGCAUAUGAGGCUAUGGAAAUUUUUGACUACGAUUUGCCUAGCGACAACUCUGGAAAUAUAAUUCAGAUAUUUUAAAUUUUUGGUAACAUCUUUUCGUCUCGGUUAUGAAAAUUGUUGUUUCUUAAUGGUUUUCAUCAGUUGGGAAUAUUUUUAGGUUUCAUAUUCAGCGCGGAAAUAAUUUAGUCCCAUUGUGAAGUAAAUCUUUUGUCAUCUGACUUGCUUUAGAUCCUUUAGCAAGACGACUAAAAUUAGGUGUCAAUCAUCAUUUAUUUGGAAGAUUCCACGCUAAAUUUUGAAAUUAUGUGGCUGGUUCACAGAAUUUAAUGAAUAUUUUAUCGUGACUGACGCAUCACGAGAUUUUUAUCUUAAGUGUACUCAUGUCGACGUAUGACGCUCUCUUUCACCACUCGCGCUACGUUCCUCCAGAAAAAUAACGUGGAAAUAACGUUAAAUCAACGUUAUUUUAACGUCGGAGGAGCUAGUGUCGGCUUGCCGAUGACAAUUAGUUUAUAAAUGCUCCUGAGUGCGUUUAAUUAUUCCGUUAUUCUGCUCAAAUGAAGCGAAAUACUCUUGGCAUUUCGCUGUUUUUUAAUACAUGAAGUCGUUUGUUUGAAUUUAACGUGGAAAUGUUUUUUACUAUCCAUCAUGAUAAAAUGGCUCUUGUAUUGAGCUUUGAAUCUCUAAACUUUUAUAGCUCUCGUAAACUCUGGUAAACUGAAGUUCCAUAUAUUAAUCUGCAUUUUUUCAAUAUAUUUUUAUUAAAAUUUUACCGACAUGGUACUAUUUAAGCUACUACCUUAUCCUCUUUAAUUGCAUGGCGACAAACAUUAGUUUAUUUUUCAAAAACAAAAAAUUUUCCGUUUAUGUGUCUUUUGUCUUCAAUAGAUUAAUAUAGAUGUUAUCUAGAAAUUGAUAUUCAAAUUACAGUUUUGGAGUAUUAUUAAUAUCUUCACUUGAAAAUUUUCCUGAAAUUUGAUUGGUUAACACUUGCAGUGGUCGGUCCAGCAGCGGAUGCAAAAAUCGCAACUUUUAAGCCAAGCGACAUGUUGAUGAAUACUUUUACAGGUACUGAGGAACGGUUUCUACUGAUAUUUUCAGUAAGAUUGCGUCCAUUAUUCAAACUGAAUUUCCUUAGAAGGAAGUGUAGAAUGACAAUACAACUUUAAUAAAUAAGAGCCUCUUACACUUUGAAAUGUUAAAUCAUUUAUAGUACCAGCGUGAAUGUACGUCGUAUGUGGUGUAGAUCUUUAUUGAUGCCAUUCAGGGCCAACAAUUGUUGUGAUUAGAUACUAUUCAGUCAUUCAUCUGAACUGAAUUUUUUCCUUGAUCGUUUAUAUUGUUGUCAGCUAUUGAAGGUCUUGUGUGACGAUAGCUGCGUUAAGAAAUUCUGGGGCAUUAGACAUAACAAUGUCGACUGGCGUAACAAUGUUGCAAGUCAUUAUAAUUUAAGGGUAUUAAACAUCGCAUAGCAGAACAUUGAGUAUCCACCGAGAACUCGCCUCUAAUUUCAACUAGAAUAUGAUGCUUGAUGUUUAGUGAAUCUUUUUCUGUGUCAGGAAUGACUGAUUUUAUACACCAGGGGUACGAAUCCCCGAAAGCUUAAAUGUCUUUAUUAUUGUGGUCUUUGAGCGCCUUUGUUUGAGAAGAGAACCUGGUCUUUUUUGCAGCUGAUGUUUGAAUCAUGUAUAUAUUGUAACUUGUAGUUACUUCCUCUUAUCAUUAUGGAGACAAUGUUAAGUUUUUGUAUAUCUAGGCAGGACUUGAUCAGGUCAGUUAUCUUUACAGAGCUGCGAUUGCCUGACUUCACAUUUGGAGACCAGAGAAGCACCUCGCUGCUGAAAUCACAGCUUCUGUAGCAUUAAAUAUUCUAACUUACCUUUAAAGUUACCUUUAGGUUUAAGUAAUUUUUGUGCAGCCUGAACAUAAAACAUUUUGCUAAACACUUACAAGACACUCGGUAUAAUUUUUUACUAGUCUAUUGAUUAAUUCUUAUUCCAUUCUUGCAUAAAUUCAAAUUCGAACAUUAUAUGUUUCAUCAUUCAUCUAGGAAGCGUCAGAGACGACAUCAGUUACUGUUAUACUCACUAAAUUUCCUAGGAGUUUGCUGAAUUAAAGUAAAAAUGGGGUAAAAUUACAGCAUAUUAGGCGCUUUACUUUUCACGGUCCACUAACUAACGCGUACGAAAAUUAUUUUCCCCUUGAUCUACAUAAGCGACUCAGUUCAAGGCUGACUUGCACUAUUUAUCCAAUCCUAUUUUGUAAUAUUCUUAUAUUCAUUUUAGUGAUAAUUGUAGUAAUAAAAUGUAGCUUAGUUAUUCUUGUAGUAAAAUGAAGCAUAGUUAUAGCGUAGAAGAUAAAGUAAUGGUUAGAUUUUAAGUCAGUUAAGUUUCACGCAGUCCUUCUAGACUUUAGUGACAUGUUUAAAAAUCUGUUAGCACAUUUACUCUCUACCACAAUGAUCGUUAUCUUUGAUAUGUUGCCGUAUUAAUCAGCUGUCCGAAUACUGCUUAGCCUGAUAUACUCAACUUACUGUAUUUCUCAUGUGCAUACAUGCUAAGAAAUUUAUUCUCAUUUGUUGCAUAUACAGUAAUUACCUUAUAAUGCACUCAUUGCAAUGAUUUAAACCUUUUCCAUUUAGGAGAUGUAUUCUUCGAUUUGAGCAUUAUACUCUUGAGAAAAAAAAGGGUUCGAAUUCGCUUUUUCAUUCAAUUGCAUGCGCUGUUUUACGAAAUUUCAUGAUUGUAUUGCAAUUUUCAAACAGCCAUUUCUCAUCUCGCCAUUUCAACAAGUUUGGCGAGAAAUCGAAUAAAAACGCUGUACCCAAUUUUUCACAUCAACUUCAUAAUCAACAAUUAAGCAUAAUUGAAGUUGCGACAUGGCUGGGACUAACAAUUUCUGUGCCAUCUUCAGUAAGCUGUUCUUAAUUGUCAGACGCGUUCAAUUAUAUUUCGAAGAUUCGGCACGCAUGGUGCCUUAUUAUCGUGCCUGCUUUCAAUUAUAAUUCUAAUGAAAGAAUGACUAUACUGAGAUUUUCUAGUACCCUUUGGCUCUCGAACCCAUACAUUUUUUUUCGGAAAUUUUCAAAACUCUGCACAAAAUUGUCCCGGUUUUACGGGUGAAAACCUUCAGUCUUUUGAGAAACGUUACGACGAGUGAUUAUUCUGACCAAGAUUGUUGCUCUUUGAUGUUGUAAAAUUUUUAAUUGUCACUCCUGCUUCGAUAUUCGUUUUAAAAACUUAAUAGUUCGGUCAAAAUUAUUUGAUUUGCUCUUUUUUUUGAUCUUCUUUCUUGUUUUCACUUGGCGAACUUCCUUUAGAAUAUAAGUGGUGCAAGUCUAGUCAGGUUUUCGAGCUCACAAGCAAUUCAAGAGGUGAGCGGUGCGCUUAAAAGGUCUAUUGAGAACUGAUAGUUUUUUAUCCCCUUCAGCCUAUAACAUGUCAAAAUUUGUUAUAAAUGGGCAUUAUUUUUAAUGUUAACUUUGAAUAUUUUGAUGCUUGGAUCACUUAAGUUACUCGAAAGAUUAUUCACUGCAGUUACCGUUUCAAGUGCAACUGGAUCAUUAUCUUUAAUCACUGAUGAUUUGUUGGUAAAGUAGACCUGUGAGACUAAAACGAAAGUUCAUAAGACUUGAAAAGAUUUUCAUGAGACUUUCUAUAUGAAGAAUAGAAAGUUCAUAAGACUUGGAAAUAUAUUCAUGAAACUAUAUUUAAUGUUAUAGGAACGUAGCUCAAGGACCAGCCUGGUGGAUGUUCACACCGUGCCUUAUUAGCAAUAAGCAUGUCAGUCGAUCUACGUAAUAACGUCGUUCUGAUUAUUCACUUUUUUUAAUCCCCACGUCGCACUUUAUGUACUUAUAUAAUAAUAUUAAUUAUAUUAUAUGAUAACGCACAUUUCUUUUACUGUUCUUUACAUGUUUCUUAAUCUUUGUCAUGAGAUGAUAAUCUCAUGUCCAAUCUUACGAUCCUAGAGUCCUUCCAUGUUGAGAUUGUUUUGAAGAGUUUCAAAUGCUUUAAACAGUUUCAGAACAUCAUGAUGCUACCAAUAAUCCCUCCGACUGCCUUAAUCUGCCUUAUAACCUGCUGAAACGUACAUAUUCAUGAUUAAUUUAUAAGUCACAGUUUAUUUUUUCUGAUACGGCUGCACCAUCAGCUGUUUUGUCUAGGCAGGGUAGUGAGUUGUGGGUUCGAUCCUAGCGACCUGCUACAGUUCUGGUCAAAAUCGGCGAAGUGGCCGGUGUCUUAAGCACACCAAAACUGGAUUAGUGAGUUGCGUGUCCGAGACCGCAACAAGCUGUGAAUAUUCUGCCAUGUUAAGAAUCGGCAACUGGUCCAGUUGCCUUAUGAACGCUGGCUCCGCUAUAUAUGCUAUACUUUACGUUUUGGACAUUAAUUUCUAUAUGGUGAUAUUCUUUUAAAAGCGAGCUCCUCUGUAUUAGAGCUUCUGUUGUAGUUAUCUCUGAGAUUUGCUCAAACCCAAGAUGUGCUGCAGCUUCUGAAGAACAUCGUAAAUGCUGCAGUGAUAACAAAUGCUUAAGGAAUAACAAAUGCUUAUUAGCGAAGCGUUUGUUUGUGGGCAGCGACAUGACGGCUGCUUAUAUGAAGGAGUUUUUCACACCAAAAAAAUUAACUUAUUUGAUUCGUUCGUUGUCACUGUAAAAUUGUAUUUUUAUGGGAAAUUAUGGCUGUUUGUAAUGGAGAUUAGCCGAACAAUUUGUAUUUGAGUCAUUUGUUCAAGACGGUCAAUGAAGAUUGUAAUAAAUGCAAGAGUGUACUCUUGAAUCUGUCGAGAUUGGUUUAUUCAGAUGAUAAAUAGUGCUGUCUCCCUUAAUUGUAUGUGAUUGUCGCAAUUAUGCGUAGGAAGGAAUAUUAACUUUCCCAUUAAUAACUCCACUAUAAGUUAGCUCUAAUGACUGCCCAGUUUUGCAGAGAAGCGUUCAAUCGAGGUUAUUUACUUCAUUGAGGUAUUGACAUAAAAAAUACAUGCAGAUCCGAGCAUUUGUUUGUGAAACAGAGUUGUUGAUUGACAGCCGAUGAAUGGACAGAUGAAUUAGUUAUCGGAAUACCCGAUUGUUAUCAAUUUUGUUGGAUGAAUAAAUUCAGUCGCUGAUGCAUGAAAGCAAUGUUGAUAUUUAACUUUAGUAAUAAAUCAUUAAUACCUCA